GACAAAAGCAAGUGCAAAAACCGCGAUCACGUUUUGCACACACCAACUCAAGCUUUGGACCAAACAUAGCGGUGUUUUGUUGAUAAUAUUACGAAAGUUGGUGACAUAUUAAUAAUCAGUUUUAGAACCAGAACAGGUCAUCUCAUUUUACCCAUAACAAUGGAGGAUGCCACCAUCCGGAUUACACAUUAUAUAAAUCCGCACAUGUUUUGGUACAAACCGGUGUCGGCUUACGUGCACAAUCUGGAGGAGAAACGAUUCCAGCUAGCAAUAGAUGAGUACUGCGAGGAAAACUUCCGGCAAGCAAGCGCCGACCGGGACUAUGAUGCAUUUCAUGGCGAGACGGUUGCUGUUUUGGACUUCGACCGUAACAAAUGGUGCCGAUGCGUUGUAGAUGAAGUCUUCGAAGGUAAAGACGGCGAAAAACAGUACAAUUUAUGGGCAAUUGACGACGGAGUACCGAUUCAAUCUUCAUCCCGUUUUGUCAAUUUGUUGCCACAAAAGUUUUCUUCCGAUAUGUCUAGUAAAGUUAAACGGGGAGCGAUUAAAAAUGUUUUACCAUCGGAAUGUAUCUAUGACAGCCGUUCGGACAAACUGAUCUCCAAGAUAACUCCUCGUUGGGACAACAAUGCCUCCGGUGUACUUCAAUCCAUACUGUCGAAUAGUAGUACUAUAUAUUUUCGGAACGUAACAAAACACCAGGUUCACAAUGUUAUGGUUAACUUUGGGGAUCUGGAAAUUGUUACACGCAAAGACAAUAUUUUUAACGCCGGCCAAGUGCUCAAGGAAAUUCGUCAGGCUACCGAAGUGGAACCUAGAGAUUUUAUUACCAGACUUUCCGAAAUCCAAACAAUGAGUGUAAGCCGUAGUCGUACAAAUGGUGGAAUUGAACAGAAAAAUAGCCACGGAAAAGUGCACAGCGCUAGCCCAAUGAAGCCUCGACACGAAGUCAACGGGUUCCACCGGAUUUCAAAUGGGACAGGCGAUGAUGGUCAUCAUUCGCGCGAACUAGAGUUAAAUGGUGUGGACGAAGAAGAUUUUGACGAAAGCGCUAGCAUGAUAAGACCAAACCAUAUGCGAGAAAGUAUGCGAACGCUACCGUCCGUGGAGGCAAUUCCUGAGAUCUCGCAUUCCGAGGAUGAGUUGUAUCCAAAUUCGUCGCCAUACGUAAAAAAUGCGCUGAACAUAAAACACGAGAAGAAACUUUUACAGCAAGUAGUUCGACCCUUUAAUCCUAUCACGAUUGCGAAUCUUAAAAUCAAUCAAACCACCGAUAAUGGCAAAGCAAAAAGUUCAUCGUCCAGCAAUUCUCUUGAUAGACGUUCGUACGAUCGAGCGGAUGCGGACGAUAUUUCAGAAAAACCAAAGUCAACGGUUUCGUUCUUAGCCAAGCUGGAGAUGCGCAAGAAGCAACGGGCGGCACAGAAAGCUAUUGUCGAAGAGGAACCAGCAAAGAAAACGUCACCACCGCCAUCCUCCAGUAGAUAUACUAACUUCAAUAUCAUCCCAGCCGGAUUCAGUAUGGCCAACAUUGGAUUCGACAGCGGAAGAGUGGUGGCAGGCGAUUCAUCCGAUUCUUCCGAACGCAAAUCCAAACACACGUCGCUCCGCUUCAAACCGAGACAUACCAAUCUGCAGCCGAACAACCGAAGUCGCCAUUCGUCGUCGGAUGAGCAGAGCCACUCGAAAGCUGGUCUCAACGGGGAAAAGUACAGCAACGGGCACGAUUCCGGUGUCGAAAAUGGUCGGGUGUACGUGACGAAAAAUACGAGCCGCUUCGAUCAGCUGAUCGAGGAGGAAUCAUGUAUCCGUUCGAGAUUGUGCCAUCAGCGUUUGCUGGUUCACGGUAAACGAGUUCCGAAACCAAUUGAGCGACUGGAAAAUGCAAACUUCUGUCCGGAGGUUCACCGUGAGCUCAACAUGUUUAACUUCAACUCGAUCCAUCGUAUUCAAACCUACGCGUGGCCACAAAUUCUGAGGGGCAAUUCGUUCUUCUGUGUGAACGCAGCCUUGACGGGGAAGACGUUUGCGUUCCUUCCGGCCAUUUGUUCGUCGGUUAAGAAAAUGCAAGAUGAAGUACUAGUGCCCAAAGGAGCCGGACCGAUGGCUAUAAUCAUCUGCAAGUCGUCCAGAGAAGUUCAACGAGUGGCAAGCUAUUGCAAGAAAAUGGUUAACUUUUCAAUGAAUAAGUCGAUGUCGGUAGUUGAAGCGUCUGGAGCUAGGGACAUAACGAAAGCUUGCAAUCUUUUACUGAAUGGUUGUGCAAUUUUGGUAGCGACCGCACCUGGAUAUCGGCGUGUGUUUGAGAACAUGCCAAACGCAUUCGUCAAGGAGCGAAUCCAAUCAGUCGUUAUCGAUAACAUCGAUAGCAUAAUUGAACGGUUCGGUAGCGAGCUUCAGUUACUGUGUAAAAAUUGUGACAAAUCUGAACUUCAAAUGGUUGUAACUGCUACCUACUGGAAUCCGUUGUUCUUUGGGUUUUUGAAAAAGUACAAAAAUAUGAUUAUUUGCAUUGGAGCGUAUUUGGAGGCUGCCAUCUAUGGGAAAUCAGAACUGGUGCUGAAGUUACAGACACACGAGAAGAAACUUUCCGAAAUCGUCAACUUUGUGAAUAUACACAAUUACCGGACUGAGCGGACGUUGAUUGUGUGCAGUCAGGCGUCAGAAGUUUACGAAGUAGUCGAACAUCUGAAAACACAAUCUAUUACGCAUAUGUUCUGUAACGAUCAGACAGUGCUUUCGAAAAUGGACGGUUUCAAAGAGUGGGACAAUCAAUUACCUGGAGAAAUGCAUGUUUUGGUUUGUUACGAUGCGGUUUUACCGGACAUGGAAAUAUGCAAAGCCCAACAUAUUAUCCAUUUUUCGUUGCCCAAAUCCUGGACAAUGUUCACACGUCGUUUCGCCUGUUCGUUUGGCUACUAUAAAGAUCCUUUGCGGGAAGAUACAACAAUGCGACAUAAGCCAGCGUCUUCGUUGAUGUUGCUCGACGAGAACAACAACGAUCAGUUGCCGAAGCUGGUGGAAUUCCUGCGUAUACACAAUCAAGAAGUAGCGGAACCGAUUGUGAAACUAACCAACAACAUUCGCAUUCAGCAGGAGGAAGAGAAACUUUCACUGGGCAAUCCGGUGGACUUUUGCUCUCAGGUGCUCGAUUUCGGUAAAUGUCGAAGCACGGGAUGUAUGAAGCGGCACGUAUUUACCACCAGGGAUCUGUCGUUGGGCAUCCUGCCGUCCAGUGGAAUCGUAAAGCUGAAGAUCUACAAUAUGUUUUCACCGACCCACUACACGGCACGAGUGCUGGAACAUCGAGACUAUGGGGCAAAAGGUUGGACCACUGUGAACGAUGCCCAGGAGUUUUUCGCUCUGGACAUCGAAAUACAGCAACACUACGCAAACGAAGAACGGCACUAUAGCCACGGUGAUGUGCAUUAUAACGACUGGUGUGCAAUUUAUGACGAAUUCCGGUACUGGCGAUGCCGUAUUAUGAGCAUUGAACCUAAAAAGGAGAAUGCUACAAGUCAAAAGCUUAAGGUCAAACUGCUGGAUGUAGGCCGAACGCUUGAUUGCAGAUCCUCGGAGUUGCUACAUCUACCGAAAGAGUUCUGUCGCCUACCGGAGCAAGCGAUCGACAUCCGAAUAGUGGGUGUUGUGCCGCAUGAUUUUGAAACAGAAUGGGAUAAGAGAGUCACGGUUACUAUCCGGGAGUGGAUUGAUAAAUACACCACGAAUGACAAAUUUCAUGUAGAAGGCAAGAUAGUACUGGCAAUACGCGACACGAUUUGGGUGGAUACGAUUAGACUGGUUGAGCAUUUGAGUGGCAUAAAUACCGACAUCAACGAGAUUCACGUUAAAUCGCAGAUAGUCGGUAAAAAUUUUGGUGUCACAGAUAAAGAACCAUUAGAGCUGUUAACUAAGAUGGUGAAGGAUUGUGAAGCGUAUAGGAAAAGGGCUAAUAAUAGUGUAGUGAUGGAAGAACCAACCGUUGAGGAGGAGAUAGCGGACAAUUGUGAUUCAGAUGCAGCUUUGAAUACCAAUCAGUUUUUUCCCAAGGAUAUGAAACUCGAGGAAAUAGAUAAACCAUCGCAAUCACCUAUACUACUAAAGCCCAUGGAGUUCAGCGGUACUGAUUCGGACGAUGAUAGCACAUCGGAAGUUGCAAAGACAAAAAAUAAUGAAAACCAAAAUAAUGACGCAGCUGUAACAUUGAAUGAACUGCAAAAUCAGUUGGUUGAUUUGCAGAUAGCUCACAAUACAGAGAAACGGAAUCGAAAGUUCAAUGAAGUGUACGAUGAAAUCGAGCCAGAUGUGACACACGAGGUGUUUAUUUCGCAGUAUUAUGCACCGGACGAUUUCUACGUUUGUAGAGUGGAAAGGUUCUCUUUCAUCUCGACGUUUGUUGGUAAUUUUACUGAAGUUGAAACAACUUUAGUUCCUCUUGAACAGGCGCAAGUCGGAGAUUACUGUUUAGUGUUAUACGACAACGCCUACCAACGUGCAAAGGUGACACAUAUAGAAUCUCGAGACAUUCGGGUGUUUUUCCUUGAUUUAGGUGGAUAUGACACAUACUCUGCAAUAGAUUUGUUUGAGCUUCCCGAUGAGAUUCUCAAAGCGUCAUCAUUUUGUGCCAUUCAAGGGACGAUGGGUUGUCUACAACCGCGAGAGGAGGAGGAAACGUGGAGUCCUGAAAUAGGUGACAAAAUCUACGAUCAAGUAUUAGCCAAUUAUCGGUCAUUCAAUGCUAAAGUGCUGCAAAAGAUUGAAAAACCCCACGUAGAUCCGCUAGUCAACUGUAAGUUGUAUCGAAUUCUGCUGUUCGAUCCGCAACACGAACUUGAAUCGUGGAUAUUUGAUGAAAUUGUCGAGCUAAAACUGGCACGCUACAUAGAAGACGAAAGACCUUAUGCGAUUGACAUCAACUUUGGUGAAGACGAUUUCCGUCAAUUCCUAGAUCCGAAUUAUAAAGCUCCGAAUAAACAAUCCGACGAUGACUUUGAAGCUCGAAUAGAGGAAGUCACCGAGGCAACAACUGAAACGUUGCCACAAAGUCAAAACAAAACACCUCCUAAGAAGGCAUCAACCAAACUGACUUUGCUGAAACAGCGCCUUCAGAAAAAGAAACCGGACAGUCCAACCACAUAUCCUCGGCUGAAGUGUGAUUAUCGAAGUCCCAAAACCAUUUGGCGACAAGAUGACUAUCUUGUUGUUAUUCGAAUAGCCGCUCCGGAAAAUGUCGUGUACGACCUAGCCGUUGACUCGGAUUCUCUGGAAGUGUGUUAUGUGCACGAAGACGAAAAAUUCCUUCUUUCGAUUGUGUUUUUCGGUGCUGUGAUACCUGAGCUUACCAUCCACGAAGUACGGGGAUUAUCGAUUGUGGUACGAGUAGUGAAGCUGGUUCCAACCCUGCAGUGGCCGUCUGUAAUGCGACAUGGCGACAAAGUUCCGUGGCUACAGCAAUGCAUCGAGGUAUCCAACUCGGAUGAAACUGACGCUACGGAUAGCAUGCAGCGGACAUUCCCAACCGUGCCCAAUUUGAAUGACAUAUCGGGCAGUUCAAGUGACGAACCGGACUUUGGUGACCAGUUCGACCGAUUCGAUCCAAUUGAAGACGAUUAUUUUAUGAGGGAUGACUAAGACAAGUUUUUCGUUUAUUGUUUUAAUGGUUGUUUUUGUACACGCACCGACCAUUCGAUACUGAGUAUCGUAUAAGCUUCCAAAGCUGGAUUACACAUUGAAUUAAAUUUAAGAAUACGACAGAAUUUAA